GCCGACUCAGCGUUCAGUCGGUCUGAAAACGCAGCGGCGGCGAGAGCGGUACUUAAGUACUACCCAUUAACUUUCGAUUCAAACCAAAAUCGGGCAGUAACGAAAGCAAUUGCAACAGUUGUGAAUAUGGUGACAUUUGCCUCGAUCGCUGGCCAACAUUUAAUUACCACGCCUCAUUAAGAACGGCCCAGCCGUAAAAGUGCUAGAACAAUACAUACAACCUACAACCUCCCACUGCCAACGCUCUCAGCGCCGAGAGUUUGUUUAGUAAAUAUUUAUUUAAAAGUAUACCAUAUAGUUAAAACUCAGUCAACAUGAAGCUGAUGUGCUGCGGUGGCUCAAACGGAUCCAUGAGCGUGGACGCGAAGAAUUCCACCAAAGAGGAUGAGGCCGUGGGCAAACAUUCCGGCUUGGGCGUGCGUCACCUGCAGGUCUUCCUGCUCUUCUUCGCCCUCACGGUGGCCUAUGCCCUCCGAGUGAACCUCUCCGUGGCCGUGGUGGCGAUGACCGAUGCCGCCUCCGUGAAUCCCAAUUUUCCUGAGUACGAUUGGUCGGAGAAGACGAAAUCCCUGCUGCUGAGCAGCUUCUUCUGGGGCUAUGUGGUCACCCAGGUGCCAGCGGGUGCGUUGGCCCGCAAAUACGGCGGCAAGGUGAUGAUCCUCACCGGCCUGUCCAUCUGCUCGGUCCUGAACGUCCUGACACCCCUUUGCGCCAGGAUCGGAGGCUGGCAGCUGGUCUGCGCCCUGCGAGUGAUCGAGGGUCUGUGCCAGGGAGUGGUCUUCCCCUCGACCCACACCAUCCUGUCCCACUGGGCGCCGCCCAGGGAGCGGGCCACCCUGGGAACGUGUGCCUACUCGGGCAACCAGUUCGGAACGAUCAUCAUGCUGGCCACCAGCGGAGUGAUUGCAGCCUCGCCCAUUGGCUGGCCCAGCAUCUUCUACAUCUCCGGCGGAAUCGGUUGCGUGUGGUCGGUGGUGUACUUCUUCUUUGGCGCAGGAUCGCCGGCGGAGUGCAAGAGCAUCUCGGCGGAGGAGAAGAAGCUGAUCGAGAUGUCGCAGGCCAGCGAGGUUAGCAGUGCCCAGGAGCUGCCCAAGGAGCAGCUGCCGACGCCCUGGCUGAGCUUCUUCACCUCGCCCGCCUUCCUCGUCCUGAUCGUGGCCCACUCCGUCCACAACUGGGGCUUCUGGACCCUCCUCACCGAGAUCCCCAGCUACAUGAAGAACGUCCUGGGCAAGGACAUCAAGUCGAAUGCCCUGCUCUCCUCGCUGCCCUACGUCUGCAUGUUCGUCAUGUCCUUCGUCUUUUCCACGAUCUCGGCGCAGCUGAACAACCGCAACUGCAUUACCACUGUGACGAGCAGGAAGCUCUUCAACUCGAUUGGCCUGUGGAUCCCGAUGAUCACCCUUAUUUGCCUGGGCUACGUCGACACCGAUCAGUCGGAGCUGGCGGUGGUGCUGCUCUGCUUCACCGUGGGCAUGAACGGAGCCACCUACCUCGGCUACAACAUGAACCACAUCGAUCUGUCGCCCAAUUUUGCCGGCAUCCUCAUGGGCAUCACCAACGGAGUGGCCAACAUCAUGAGCAUCAUCGCCCCGCUGAUCGUGGGAUUCAUUGUCACAAAUGAGCACGAUCCCGAGCAGUGGCGCGUUGUGUUCUUCAUCGCCGCCGGAUUCUACCUGGUGGGCAACACUCUGUACGUGAUCUUCGGCAAGGCGAAUGUGCAGCCCUGGAACGAUCCUCCGGCGAAGCCUCGUCGCAACUCCACGCCCCAGGUGGAGUCGCAGCACUAGACGUACGGAGGGUCUUGAGUUUAGAGAAAUGGGUUCAGAAACCGCUAGUCAGCUAGUUCCGUUCUCCUCCAAAUCCAAACCAUCAAUCCUAACUGCAGCCGGGCACAAUGCAUUCUCGCAUUGGCCGUGUAUAUUUGUAAAUUGUAUUUGUUAACUGUGACUACAUCGUAUUUGCAUUCCCCUCGUCUUAAGUUCUAGUUGUUAAAGACUAAUUGAUAAGAUCAACCAUGCGAAAAAAAAUAAUAAAACAUGCAUGAGCAACAUGUGCAAAGAAA